CCAAAGAAAUGAGUUCGCAUGUCACCUCUGACACGCGUGUCAUAGGUUCGCCAUCACUGGUCUAGGGGAUUUUGACAAUGGGUUCUCACUAGCUGCUCCAACCCGGCUUGGUUCAGAAAUGAAAUGGUGCCAGUCAUGAGAGGGGCCAGGCAGGCACCCUAACACAACUGGGAGUAAGAGAAAGGGUCCAGCUGAUGGGGCCCUGAGGGAAUGCAGGCCCAGGUAGCCGGAUGUUCCUAUUCUUUCUACCUGUUGGCAUGUGAGCUUCCUUUAUUCUCCCCUUUCUCUCACUUGGUUUAUAGUUUUUUGUUUUCCCCUUUCUUUCACCCUCUGCUCUGUGCUGGCCACUGGCUCAUCAUAGAUGAGCAAGACAUACUUCUCUCCCUCCAGGAGCUCAAGGACAGGUGGGGACUCCACUCAAGACUCAAUUUAGUGCCCAGAAUCUGGUAGGGGUUUCCAACAGCCCACAACAAGCCUGUGAGACAGAGGAGGGGGAGGUGGGGAGCAGCUUCUCAGACACUUGGAGGACAAGCAGGGACAGAGCAAGUGUCUGGCAAAGACGGCAUUGCCUAGCAAAGGUGGUGAGGUGCUUAAGUGUGGCUGGGGCAGAGGUGCCAGGGGUGUGGUUUGGGAGCAAGUAAGGCUGAAGAGAAAAUGGCCCAGACCCACCUGGUUUUGCAGGCCCCACAAGGAGUUUAGCUUCAUGCAGAGAUGACCAGGAGCAAUAAAGGGUUUAGGACAGAGGAAUGACAUGGUCAGAUCUGUAUUUUAGAAAUAUCCUUCUGACUACCAUCUGGCCUUGGGGGUAUGUACCAAGUGGAGACAGGGAGACAAGUGGGGAGGUUGCAGUCAGCCAGGCAGGUGAUUGGUGGUGUCCUGGGCUGGGGGAGCCUGUAGGAGGUGGAGAGGAAGAGGAACACAGCUGUCUGUCAGGCCCUGUUCUAAGCACAAUAGGUAGGUGUAUUACCUCAUGUAACCCUCCAAACAACUCUUGGAGAUACUAUUAUUCAUUUUACAAGUAAGGAACCGAGGCUUGGAGAGACUCGGGAACAGUAGUGGGAGAGGGGAAGAGCUUGCUGAUGGGUGAUGAGAGGAGGAAGCAGAAGGGAUCUGCGGGGUUCCAGUCUCUGGCUCCAUAAGAUAAGAGUGCCACCCACGAGACCCCAGCCACAGAAGAGGAUGGGCUGAGGGGUGGAGAAGAGGAGUUUGGUUUGGACAUGUCACCUGGGGGUCUGGGGGCAUCCAAGCAGAGUUGUCCCCUGCAGAGCUGGACAUUUAUUCGGGCCUGAGGCUCCAGGAGAAGAUGAGCUGAAAGUGGAGAUUUGAGGAUCAUGGCACAGCUAUAGUGCUUGAAGCCAUGGGCAUGGACAAGCUUGCCAGGGAGCAUGUGGUGAGUGAGGAGAGAUGCCCAAUGGAAGGGCUGGGGAGGCAGAGCAGUGGCAAAGGAGCUCCAGGGCAGCCAGGAAGCUGGGGGGCAGCAGGGAGCCUUGGGCAGGUUUGGGCGUGGGGGACAUAUCCAUAGCAUUUCACAUUGCAGAGACUGGGUUCAGAAGUAUCCACUAGGCACAGAGAACAGGGCCACUGCCAGGCCUUGCUGGAUCAGUUUUUACCCAAUGGGCAGCAGGGGCAGCAGCUGGGAAGAUCAGAUGGGAAGUGAAGAAGCAGGACCCGGGUGGGGCCCAAGCUUUCCACAGCUUGGCUGUGAAGGUGCAGGAGAAAGCGAGUGAAGGUGGUUGAGGAUUUAGUGUUGAGAAAUGAAGUGUGGCUUUCAGCAUGUCCUAAAUUUUUCCAUUUACAGCCUUGAUUUUAAUUAAUCUCAGAGCUUCAGUAACUGAAUCCUACCAAGAACUUACAAACUACAGUAAACCUCAGCUAUCCAGAAUUCUCGGAAAAAGAGCCACUCUGGAAAACCAACAUUUAUCUGGAUAAAAAUACUUGACGUACAGGAUUACUUACUUUUUUAAAUGUGCUUAUUAUGGAAAUUAUCAAACAGAAAAGUCAAGGGAAGAAUAUAAUGAACCCACCAUCCAAUCUGAAGAGUAAUCGAUUCAAGGCCACAUGCUGUGCCACCCACACACCCAUGGUCUGGGGUAUUUGGAAGCAGAUCCUAGACACUAUAUCGAUUCCUUCAGAAAGCUUUAGUACAUUUCUCCAAAAGACAAGACUUUAAAAAUAUAACCACAAUAUUCUUACUCCAAAAUAUUUAAUAAUUUCUUAAUUUAAUCCAAUAUCCAUCGUCAAAAUCUCCCCAAUUGUCUCAUUCACUCCUCCACCCCCCUUUAGUUGGUUAAAAUUAGGCUUCAAACAAGGUUUACAUAUUGCAUUUGUUUGUCUCUUUCUAUUUUCAUGUAGUUUAUUUGUUGAGAAAACCAGGCUGCUUGGAGGCAUGAGCCUUUGGGAAUCUGGUAGAGAGCUGAGCAUGACAAUGAAGAGAGCAGGACAGGGAAGGAUGGAGUGGAUGCUGGCCACACAGUCAGGACAUCCACCUGCAGGACAGAGGCAGCAGGCAGCAUGUGGAGGCCCUUCCUGAGCCAAGAGGAGAGACCAGGGCUACUGAAGGGUGGGCUUGUCCCUGUGAUCUCUGAGGUCCCUCAGAUGGGGGAGCUGAGGGAAGGUGGGAAGAUGGCUUGAACCUAGGAGCAGGGGCAGAGCUCAGGCUGGCCAAGUGAGGGAGGGGCAGGGCCUGAGAUCAGGCCCAGAAGGAACAGAAUGUCUGUGUGGGGAGGGAGGGAGAGUGGAGUACCAACAGCCAGUAUCCAGCUCCUUCCCACCUGCCCAUCCCUGGAUCCCCUCUGUGGCCUCCCAGGUAGGGAUCCACCCUGGGCCCAGACACCAGAUCUUUUUACAGUACCUGUGGUCAGUGGCCCUGAUCCCUUGCUCUGCCUCCUCCUGCCCCUGACCCCCCACAGCCCUGAGGGGUACCAUCCUCCUCAGUGAAAGUUUGAGUACAAUCUCAGCUUCAAAGGACCAAGGCUAGCAUUGCCUGGGGCUGGCAUACCAUUCUGGAGCCCUCAUGGAGUGAAGGAUGGAAUGGGGACCAGCCAUGCUCAGGAUUCCUCAGCAUCCAGCCUGACACCAUCCAGAGGAAGUGCGCUGGCCCCAUCCAUAUGGAACUGAAGUGGCGCAGUGUAGAGCAGGGCCCCUGUCCUCUUCUCUGGCUGGCAGGCGGACAUGCAGAUGAGAGUGACUGGGCCAGGGCACCAGGGAGCCCAGGUCCUGGUGAGUGGCCCCCAGCAGAGAGGGGGAGUCAGGGAGGUGAGUCGUGAGCCCGCGGUUCCAGUGUCCCACAGGGGAGUUGAGCAGCUGGGGACCCAUAGACUGUGUAGUACACCAGGGGCCAAGAGCAGGGGCCAAGUCAGCUCUGCGCUGGUGGAGCCUGCCUUGAGGAAUGGCCUUGGAAUCCUCUUCGACUCCUCAUUCCAAGAUACCCAGGUGAGUAAUGGUCUUCUGCCUGCCCACACCUACACCCUCCUCCUUGUGUCCACUGGUCAACGCAUGGAUAGCCCUGCCAUCCAUGUGCUGACCAGUGAAGAGCACAUCCCCUGCAAGCCUGUCUGGACUGACACCUACUCCCAUUCCUGGGCUGUAUCCACACUGCCCGCUCGUGCCCCUGCCCCAGCCUCUGACAAGGAGCCCACCCCUCCUAGGGCUAUCUUUUCCUUAGAAUCCUUCAUUCAUUCAACCCAGCAGCUCCAGAUCAGUGGGGGUAGUGAAAUGAAGCAGACAUACAAGGGAGACUCCAGCUUGACCACAGGGACAUGUCCCAGCAGGUCAUCCAGUGGGGGAAGUGGCACUGCUGGCCUGGGAAGAAUGGCCUCUGGGACCACACCCACUGUCCAGCCCUUGGGUCCUGGAUGGCCCUGCUGGACUCUAAGUCCCCACAGAGAUGGAGCCAGCUGGGUGCUGGGCUCUCAUUACCACAACUUCUGGAACCGGCCAUACCCCUUCCAAGCAAGCUCGCCUACUAGGCGCAGGGUCUACUCAGGCCACAGGACCCAGACACUCAGAUUUGGGGAUAAUUUUCCCUGCCACAAGCAAAGAGGAGGGGGGCCCAUCUGUAAGGUUUUCACCUCCUUCCGUGCCCCUCAGGUGUCCUUGAACACUCCCAGAGACCUGGAUUUGGUCUGCAUUGAUGUGGGACCCCUGCUUUUGGCUCCUGGAAGUUUCUUUGGGGUCUCAGCAGCCACCAGAACCCUGGCAGGUGAAAACAGAGGAAUGUGCCUAAUGAACCAUCUGAGCAUACCUCCUGAGGAGCACUGGGUGUGUUGCCAGCCACUUCCUCACUGUGUGACCUGGGCAAGUCACAAGUCCUCUCCUGCCUGCCUUGCAGAGUUGUUGAAAGUCUCAAAUGGGAUAAAACACAAGAAGCUUUUAUCCCAGCGUUGGCCCCAUAAGUGCCCCUUGCUGGGAGUUGUGGGGCCAGGUGUUGUGCUGGGCAGUGCUGGGAUCAGAAGUGACCUAGAGCCAGGCCUUGUCCUCAAGGACCUUGGAGGCUGGCUGAAGGCUGUGGGAGCACAGAAAAGGGGUCCUAACCACCCAGGGCAGCCGGAAGGGCUGCAGGCAAGGUUGGCCCUGGGCACCAGGGAAGACAUGAUUCCAAAGCUGAACUCCAAAGACCAGGAAGAGGGGGAACGAAUCUUUGACCUGGAGGAGACAUUGAACAGACACAAGAAGAUCCUGCAGGGUCUCUCUGAGCACUUGGCCCAGGCUGAGAGGGAAUGGAAGCAGCUAGGAUCCCUAGGUCAGGCCAGGCCUGAGGGAGCCUGGAUGAGUGGCCCCUGGAACAUCCAUGCAGACCUGAAGAAGCUGAGCUCCCUAGGCACUGGGCCCCAUGGCACCAGGGGGCUCCCUGUGUCCAACUUCCCCUUUCAGAAAGCAGCAGCCAAGGAACCAUGCCCAGCUGGCCAUCCCCCAGGGCCCUCCUCGUGCCUACAGCCCAGCAUCUUUCUGUUCUUCCUCCUCAUCUUCCUUUUUGUUCUUCUAUGUGCACUUCAAGUGGGCCUUCCUAUAGGCAGAACUUUCCACACCUACCCGGCUUGGUUCUGGGCAUAAUAAUUUGAUUUGAGAGAGGGAGCAUUAAGACCCACCUGCCUGUUCUACCAGCUGGCAAUGAGCAGUGCCCAUAUUUUCAAUAGGCACUACUAACCAUGUGCUCAGCCACUGGUUCCAUCUAGAUCCUGCCCUCACAAUAAUCUCUCUCUAGUGUGAGAAACUGACAAGUGCCUGAUAGUCACACCCUAUGUGGUCAGUGCCAUGAUGGCAGGAAGCUCAGGGGCCAUAUAACAGUACAAGAAAAAGCACCUGACUCAGCCUGGGGAGAUCAGGGAACUGGCCUAGAAGGGACCUUUGAUACGGGUCAUCAAGGCAACUAGUUCUCCAACCUGAUAAGUACAGUCAUCAUUACAGAGAAAACAGCAUGAGGAAAGGCAUGGAAGCAUGAAAGAACACAAUAUUUUGGAGAAAAAGUGGCAAGUUUAGAACUAUCAGAGCAAAGGCUGGGACCAAUUUGUGAAAAUGGGCAAAAAGAAUCACAAAGGUUGCCUAGCCUAUGAACCAGGAGGUCAUGGUUCAAUUCCUGGUCAGGGU